AUGAAAAAAUCGAGAACAACGCCAUAUCAUGCAAUGGGAAAUAGGAUGAGAGAACGGUUUAAUCUGACAUUUCUGGACAUGUUAGGAACUUUGGAGCCACACAAAAAAUCUAACUGGAAACCACAUGUUGCACCGUUAGUUCAUGCAUACAAUUGCACACGGCAUGAGAGUACCAAUCAGUCACCCUACUACCUCAUGUUUGGACGGGAACCACGGAUUCCAGUGGACUUCGUCUUUGGUAUUAACAACCAGCAACAGAAAACAUUGUCCAAAUACAUAGAAGACCUUCGCCAGAAAAUGAAGAAAGCAUAUGAAAUAAGCAAUAUCAUCAGCAAAGCAGCCCGUUCUAAUCAGAAAGAAGAAUAUGGUAUGAAGAUCAGAGGAAACAUCAACGAAGGAGAUAGGGUUUUAGUGAAGAUAGUCAGUUUUGAUGGCAAACAAAAAAUGGCGGACAGAUGGGAGAAGAUCUACAUAGUACUGAGACAACCAAAUCCCACAAUAUCAGUGUAUGUUGUCAGGAAGGAGAGUGUUGAGGGAGGAAAGAGAACUUUACACAGGAACCUUCUACUUCCCAUAGGUCACCUCGAUAGCUUUAAGGAAUCCAGAAAGACAAAAGCAGAAAUAACUAUAGCUGAAUCGACAAAACAGGAUAAGAGGAAUCAGCAACCAGAACCAGUUAAAGAAACCACCAGUGAUAGUGAAUGUGAGGCAGAAUCAGAUAUGGAGCGCAGUACAGUUAAGUUAAGAGAGAUGUCACAGGGUGACAAUAGUCAAGUAUCAGAUGCUGCAGAGAAUGUAUCUGAAGAAACACUAGUGGAGGAGGAUGAAGAAGAACAGCAAAUUAGGAGAAGUACUCGACAGAAAACAGCCAUCCGGGAUGAGGAGUGGUGA